CUUUACGGUGCGGCGUGCUGCUCGUGUUACCGGCAUGGGCCCCUCGCCACCCCUGCUGAUUCUGCCGCUUCUCCUGUCUGGCCCGUGGCUCGAGCUAGGGAAUGGGCAGGCUACUAGCAUGGUCCAGCUACCAGGUGGGAGAUUCCAGAUGGGAACAAAUUCACCAGAUGGCAGAGAUGGUGAAGGGCCUGUCCGGGAGGUGACAGUAAAACCCUUUGCCAUUGAUAUAUUUCCUGUCACCAACAAAGAUUUCAGGGAGUUUGUCAGGGAAAAAAAGUACCGGACAGAGGCUGAGAAGUUUGGGUGGAGUUUUGUCUUUGAGGACUUUGUCUCGGAUGAGCUUAGAAACAAAGUGGCCCAUCAGAUGGAGUCUGUUCUCUGGUGGCUUCCAGUGGAAAGGGCAUUCUGGAGACAGCCUGCAGGUCCUGGCUCUGGCAUCCGAGAGAGACUGGAGCUCCCAGUGGUACACGUGAGCUGGAAUGACGCUCGUGCCUACUGUGCUUGGCGGGGGAAACGGCUGCCCACCGAGGAAGAGUGGGAGUUUGCUGCCCGAGGGGGCUUGACGGGUCAGGUUUAUCCAUGGGGAAACCAGUUCCAGCCAAACCGCACCAACCUGUGGCAGGGAAAGUUCCCCAAGGGUGACAAAGCUGAGGAUGGCUUCCAUGGAGUCUCCCCAGUGAAUGCUUUCCCCCCACAGAAUAACUAUGGGCUCUAUGACCUCAUGGGCAACGUGUGGGAGUGGACGGCAUCACCGUACCCGGCCACUGACCAGGACAUGCGUGUCCUCCGGGGGGCAUCCUGGAUCGACACAGCUGAUGGCUCCGCCAACCACCGGGCCCGGGUCACCACCAGGAUGGGCAACACUCCAGAUUCGGCCUCAGACAACCUUGGCUUCCGUUGUGCAUCCAGUGCAGGCCGACUGCCUGGGGAGUUGUGAACAGCUAUGCAGAGCCAAAGAGAAGAGCCCCGUGGUUCCCGUGUCACUCCCUGGCCACGUUCCAGACACAGCCAAACUCCAGACUCUUAAACUUUAGCCUCAGGAGCGACCUCCUACCCCUUUUCCAUUCCUCUGUGGCAGGC